AAGAAUGAGCCAUAGAUGGGCUUAGAGCACUGUGGGUUUGCUCCCUCUGCCAGUGUUACCCUGGGAGUGUCAGGGAAGGGCGGACUCAUCUGUGUUCUCCUCACUCCACAUUCUCUUGACUCCACAUCAGAUCACCAAAAAGCUAGGGUGAUCCUAGACCCUGGAUGGGUCCGGGUGCUCGAGAAAGACAACGUGACCCUCAGGUGCCAGGGCACCUACUCGCCUGAGGACAAUUCUACAAAGUGGUUCCAUAAUGAAAGCCUCAUCUCAUACCAGGAUGCCAACUAUUUCAUUGCAAGUGCCAGAGUUAAUGACAGUGGAAAGUACAGGUGCCAGACAGCCCUCUCCACACUUAGCGACCCGCUGGAGCUAGAAGUCCAUAUGGGCUGGCUGGUGCUUCAGACCACUCAGUGGCAUUUCUGGAAGGGCGACUUCAUUCGGCUGAAAUGCCACAGCUGGCAAAACAGACCUGUGUAUAAGGUCACCUACCUGCAGAACGGCAGAGGCAGGAAGUAUUUCCAUAAGAAUUCUGAGUUCAACAUUUCAGAAGCUACCUACAGCCACAGUGGCUCCUACUUCUGCAGAGGCAUUAUUGGCCGCAACAACAAAUCUUCAGAGACCCUGAAUAUCAUUGUAGAAGACCGGACACCUUCAUCCAUCUUUCACCUGUGGCAUCAAAUCACUUUCUGCCUGCUGAUAGUACUCCUGUUCGCAAUAGACACGGUGCUGUAUAUCUCUGUGCAGCGGGGUCUUCGAAGUUCAACGGCAGACUAUGAGGAACCCAACUUCCAUUGGAGCAAGGAGCCUGAGGACAAACCAUCUCAGGAGGAAGGAAAGGCCUGGGAUCUUCAAGGACCAACAGGGAAGCAGCAGUGAGUAUGUUGCUGCCCUCCCAAGAAGCGAUGCUUCAGAGUUUUGUGCUUUCUCCGUUCCAAACAUUCCCUUGUAAGCAAAGCCGCAGCACGGGCCCUUUCCAUGCUUAACAAUUGCUCCUAAAUAAACUUAUGUAGGAAAGCCAAUGACUGGUUGAA